AUGGCGUCAAAUCAAUUCACCAUUGCGUCGCCGCCAACGGAUGCUAUCUCCGCAUUGAAGUUCUCUCCCGCCCCCGAUUCUACGCGAUUCGUUGUAUCUUCGUGGGAUAAGAAUGUGUAUGUUUAUGACUUGCGGGACGAGAACGGAGCGGCUGGCGAAGGGAAGCUGCUACAAAAGUUCGAGCAUCGUGCGCCGGUCCUGGAUGUGUGUUUCGGCGAAACCGAGGACGAGAUCUACACCGCUGGCCUGGACUGGGAUGUGAGGAGAAUCGAUAUAGCAUCAUCUACCCAAACCGUCCUCAGCAGCCACGAUGCUGGCGUCCGAAAUGUCGUUUAUAGCAAGGAGAACAACAUGGUCAUAUCCUCCUCCUGGGACAACACGUUACAUGUGCAUCGCAUGAGUGAGGACAGGAGCGCUGUCGCCGCAUCUACAAUAAUCCCUCUUCCAUCCAGGCCUUUCUCUAUGUCUCUCACAGCAGCGAAGCUUGUCGUGGGCAUGGCGUCGCGCGCCCUACAUAUCUACGACUUAAAAGCACUCGCCAUCCUCACAGGGGAGUCGGAGGGUGGAAACCCAAGCAGAGUUGAGGUGGAGCCAUGGCAGCGUCGUGAAAGCAGCUUGAAGUUUAUGACGCGCUGUGUUGCUUGUAUGCCGGACGACGCUGGCUAUGCUUCCUCGAGCAUUGAAGGACGAGUUGCCGUUGAAUGGUUUGAUCCAUCAGCAGAGUCACAAGCACGAAAGUACGCUUUCAAAUGUCACCGACAGGCGUCGGGCGAUGUUGACGUGGUAUAUCCGGUUAAUUCGCUAGCGUUCCAUCCAAUCCAUGGAACAUUCGCAUCUGGAGGAGGGGAUGGUGUGGUUGCUCUCUGGGAUGGCAUUGCGAAGAGGAGGAUCAGACAAUACCAAAAGUAUCCCUCAAGCGUAGCUUCUGUGGGUUUCAGCUCCGAUGGUAAAUAUCUCGCAAUUGCUAUCAGCCCCGGUUAUGAAGAUGGAAAGGAGAACUUUGUCGACGGGACUGUCAAAAUCUAUGUGCGUGAACUUGGAGAAACGGAAGCAAAGGGAAAAGGCGCGAAAUAA